UGCAGGUCCAAGAAAAAGUCCCAGACUAUUACUUAGUCGCUUGGAAGGUGUUUUGUGAAUGUGUAUUUGUGCAGAUUUCUACGGACGAGAGAGGAGAGGAUUUGGCUGGUGAUUUUAUUUGUCUACAAAUGAGGAUUUAGAAGAUUAUUUCGAUAAUAUAAAAGGCAAAUCUAACAUACGAUGGACGAUAACUUCGAUUCAAUCCUUACGCAGUUGGGCACUGGGAAAUGGAAUUUAUUCUACUAUAUCACGUUAUCAUACUGGUAUGCAUGCGUUAGCUACCACACGUUAGGAGGAGCAUUCUUGGCACCUGACGUUGAUUACACUUGUCGUGCACCUGACUCGGCGAUCGUACCAAAAGUGUCCUUUCAAAGUGAUUUUGAGAGAACAGAGGAUGCUGCUCUUAAUAACGGAUCGUAUACUGCCAAGGACGGGAAUGAGAGUGAGGGGUCUCCGUGUACUUACCUCGUUCAGAAUGUCACGACUGGAAACCUUACCGAGGAGCAGUGCACUUCGUGGGACUUCGACAAAAGCACAUUUGAAUCAACGGUGACAUCUGAGUUUGACCUCGUGUGCGAUUGGAAAUUCCUCCGUGCAACGUAUCAGAGCGUCUACAUGUUUGGGAUUUUGGUAGGCGCAGGGGUCAAUGGCUACAUGGCCGACAAGUAUGGUAGAAAAAGGAUGAUAACCAUUGGAGCUACCUUAUAUUCUCUCAUUGCUGUGAUUUCUGCAUGGCUGCCCAAUAUCUCAACCAUUAUCGCAGCUAGAUUCAUGUUGGGGACUAUGCAUCCAACGUCUCUGCAAACUGGAUAUAUUUUAGGUAUGGAAGUGACAAAACCCAGCAUGAGAUCAGCUAUUGGAAUGCUGCAAUUCCUGUCUUGGGCAGUGGGAACGAUGUGCUGGGGUGGCUGGGCUUACCUCAUCAGAGACUGGAGAUGGCUCCAAACAGCGGUCUCUUUGCCGUGCUUCUUUUUUCUGCCAACAUUGUGGUUUAUGGAUGAAUCACCUCGAUGGCUUAUAGUGAUAGGUCGUCACAAGGAAGCUUUAAAAGUCUUGCAGAAGGCUGCUCGCUGGAACAAAGUCGAGCUACCAGAAGAGAGAAAGCUGUUGGUUAUGAUGAAAGAAAUUCAUGAACAACUAAGAUGUGAAAAUGCUCAAGAAGAUGAGACUACAAUGAAGAUUAAAUUCAAGAGGUGGUUGAAAGAGGCCACAAUCCUUUUCAGGACACCUAAACUCAGGUCAAUUACCCUGGCAAUGUAUGUGGAUUACUUUGUGGUGGCAAUGGUAUACUUUGGCCUGAAUAUGAGUGGUGGAUCCUUUACUUUUGAUCCAUUCCUCUUCAUGGUUAUCUCAGGAAUUGUGGAAAUUCCUUCAAAUACUGUAACUAUUCCGAUAGUUUCUUAUUUUGGGCGCAAAAUUCCACUGAUUGUAAGUUACUUCAUUACUGGAGUGUCAAUGCUCACACAGGCAGCAAUACCUGAAGAGCAAACGUGGCUCAUGAUAACAAUGGUGAUGAUUGGAAAGUUGGCUAUUAGCACAGCGUUCCAGAUCCUGUUUCUUUAUGCUUCUGAGCUCUUCCCUACGGAGGUGCGAACACGAGGGAUGGGGACAGCCAUGAUGUCCUCACGGGCUGGUGCCAUGGUCUCACCAUUUCUCAUGGGUUUUAUAGGAGCAGUUUACCCAUGGAUUACACCAGUUGUGUUUGGCCUAACAUCCAUUAUUGCUGGACUGGCAGCCAUUCCUUUGAUGGAAACAAUGGAUUCAUCAUUACCAGACACCAUUGCUCAUCUGGAAGGGUAUGAUAAUCCUGCCAUGGAAGCAGAUGAUGUCCCAGAAUAUCCUUUAAAAGAUAUUCAACAUAAAACAUAAGGAAGACUUUUACUGAGUGACUGAAUAUUUUACUGCAAAAAUUUCCACAGAAUUACUCAGGUUACCUGAUGAGAAAUCUGAAGUUUAUGUACUUUAAUAAAAAUCUAUAAACAUGUAGUUUUUAGCAAAAAUAUAUUUUGCCGUUUAAAUAAAACUUUUGCACAAACCGA